CCAGCGCACUCCCGAAUGAAGCAUCUUUGUUUCUACAUUGAUUGGAAAAGAAAAAAAAGCAAAGUGGAUUUUGCUGAGAAGUUUCCUGAACCACCAACAAACCCCGUUGCCAACAUAACACAAGAAUAUAAGGGUUAUGUUUAUACCUACAGAGUGUCCAAGACAGAUACAGGUUCCUGGAGUGCCGAGACUGCACCUGGGGUUAACAGACGAUUGUUCCGGAAAGUACACAACCUAAUUACAGCAUUCCAGAAGCCAGAACAAGGCAUUAUAACUCCUUUGCAGCAUCCUGUAGUGAACGAUGCGAAAGCCAAGCACCCACAAGGAAAAAAAGGCAAUCGUGACUUUUAUUUGCAUCCUUCAUGAAGACACGUCCCAGAGUUUGAAGUAAUUUAAAUAGGCUUUUAUACGUCUCUUUUUUGUAUACACUCCAGCACAAUAUGCUGUAGAUUAUAGACAUUACAACUCUGUGAGUUUUCCUGUAAUAGUUUCAGAAAUGUAUGUUUAAUGCAACUUUUAGUCUGACGUUUAAAAGAUUGGCAUGAAUCUGUUUUUUUUUAUAAAGAUAUGGGAGAAAAAUAACCAGCAAUUGGAUGACUUAAUACUUUCAUUUUCUGUUAGUGCUUGCGAGUUUUCUAUUUGAAUAUUAGUUAGUCUUUUUACAUAAAGUUACUUUAGUGUUUGAUUUCUAAUUGAAAUUCAGCCCAGCACAAGUCCUAAGUAUCAGUUAAGACCCACGUAUGACUGCAGAAUAGUGGCUUUUAUAUUGCAGAUGCCUUGUGCUGGCUCUCUGCUCAAGGAUAAAUUUCACCCCAGAAGCGAAUUUCAAAGGUGAAGGCCUGUGUAUUCCCAGGAGUCGAAUUUUAGGUUGGUUUCAUAUGCAUCAUCCACUUCUUGCUGGGUGUGCUGGCAUGCUUGUCCAAUCAGGGAAAAUAACCUGUACUAUCUGCCCAAUCUGAACAAUUAGAACUGACCAGCAAUGUAGCAAAUUCAGUCUGUGAGCCAGUCAAAAAAAUGUGUUGAAUCUUUCUGAACAACAAAUGAAUCUGAGGAAAUUGUUUACAGAUAUUCUGUGAGCUGGAGAAAGGUGGCUAACUUUGUCCAAAAAAUUAUCCUUUCCCUAGGAUUUGCACUGCUCUUCCUUUUAUUUCUGGGUGCCUAUGAGGGUGGCAUCUAGAUGCCAAACUGUCCUCCAUUAUAGUGACUCCAAAUCUAAGCAACUACCCUUACUCCAGCCUCUGAUGUCACA